AGCAUUUGCGUCACGUUCUGUACUUGCGCUUUACGCGUUGUCUGAGUUUUUACAGUAGCCACUACUAGCCAAGUUCUAAGGGUAACAUGGCAGCACUGAAGGUAGCAGCUUCUAGGCUUCUGAGGAGUAAGCUGGUGCCAGGGAAAUGGCCUGCAGCAUCUCCAGCAGCAACACGGGCCUUUCACUUCACUGUUUAUGGAAGAAAGGACUCAUCUGCUAAAGUUACUGAUUCUAUUUCUACUCAGUAUCCUGUAAUAGACCAUGAGUUUGAUGCUGUGGUGGUUGGUGCAGGGGGUGCAGGAUUAAGAGCUGCGUUUGGUUUAUCUGAAGCAGGAUUCAACACAGCAUGUAUCACCAAGCUGUUUCCUACCAGAUCUCACACUGUUGCAGCCCAGGGGGGUAUAAAUGCAGCUUUAGGUAACAUGGAACAAGAUGACUGGAGGUGGCACUUCUACGAUACAGUGAAGGGCUCUGAUUGGUUGGGUGAUCAGGAUGCCAUCCAUUAUAUGACUGAGCAAGCACCUGCUUCAGUUAUUGAGCUGGAGAACUAUGGAAUGCCUUUCAGUAGAACAGAGUCUGGGCAGAUCUAUCAACGUGCUUUUGGUGGACAGAGUCUCAAGUUUGGAAAAGGCGGACAGGCUCAUCGCUGCUGCUGUGUAGCAGACAGGACUGGACAUUCACUGCUACAUACUUUGUAUGGGAGGUCUCUGCGAUACGACACCAGCUACUUUGUAGAGUAUUUCGCAUUGGACCUUUUGAUGGAAAAUGGUGAAUGCCGGGGGGUGAUUGCUCUUUGCAUGGAAGAUGGUUCCAUACAUCGUUUCAGAGCAACAAAUACUGUUAUAGCUACAGGGGGAUACGGUCGUACCUAUUUCAGCUGCACUUCUGCACAUACUUGUACAGGUGAUGGCAAUGCCAUGGUUACCAGAGCUGGGCUUCCCUGCCAAGACUUGGAGUUUGUACAGUUUCACCCCACAGGUAUCUAUGGUGCUGGCUGUCUGAUUACUGAAGGAUGCAGAGGAGAAGGAGGAAUCCUUAUCAACAGUGAGGGAGAACGGUUUAUGGAAAGAUAUGCUCCAGUAGCAAAGGAUUUGGCCUCAAGAGAUGUUGUUUCCCGUUCUAUGACUAUUGAGCUUCGAGAAGGAAGAGGCUGUGGGCCAAACAAAGACCAUGUGCAUCUUCAGCUUCACCACCUGCCACCUCAGCAGUUGGCUACUCGCCUCCCAGGCAUCUCUGAAACAGCCAUGAUUUUUGCUGGUGUUGAUGUCACAAAGGAACCCAUACCCGUUCUUCCAACUGUCCACUAUAACAUGGGUGGUAUUCCAACUAAUUACAAAGGACAGGCAAUUAUCCAUGAAAAUGGUGAAGACAAAGUGGUACCAGGGCUGUAUGCAUGUGGUGAGGCUGCAUCAGCUUCUGUCCAUGGUGCCAACAGGCUGGGUGCAAACUCUCUUCUGGAUUUGGUGGUCUUUGGUCGUGCAUGUGCUCUUACCAUUGCAGAGCAACACAAACCUGGUGAGGCAAUACCUCCCGUAAGCCAGAAUGCUGGAGAGGAAUCUGUUGCCAAUCUUGACAAGAUACGCUUUGCAAAUGGAAGCACUAGGACCUCAGAACUGAGACUCAACAUGCAGAAGACAAUGCAGGAGCAUGCUGCUGUUUUCCGAACUGGGACAGUGCUUAAAGAAGGAUGUGAAAAACUGAGCAAAGUUAAUGCCGCCAUGGAUGACCUCAAGACAUUUGACAGAGGAAUUGUUUGGAACACUGACUUGGUAGAAACACUUGAAUUACAAAACCUGAUGCUUUGCGCCCUCCAGACAAUUAAUGGUGCUGAGGCACGGAAGGAAAGCCGUGGAGCUCAUGCCCGAGAAGACUACAAGGUACGGAUUGAUGAAUAUGAUUAUUCUAAACCACUUCAAGGCCAACAGAAGAAACCUGUGAGUGAGCAUUGGAGGAAGCACACAUUAUCAUUUGUGGACAAGAAAGGCAAUGUUACUUUGGAUUAUAGACCUGUCAUUGACACAACAUUGAAUGAAGAAGACUGUGUGACUGUUCCACCUGCCAUCCGUUCUUAUUAAAUCCUUAAUAUGACUAAUGUUUUUAGUUAACUUAAUGAUGGUUUUAUUUGGCUGCAAACUUGCACAUAAUUCUGCUGCUGGAAAUCUGUUUUAUUCUGAAUGCAAUGUAAGAUGCACAUUGGUAAAUAAAUUCAGUAUAGUUUAUUUUAAA